AGUAAAUCAUUCUGAUCAUAAUUCUACUUUGACCUUUAACCUCUCUGCUCUGUGUUGUUUCCUCUUUCAGAUCAGAAAACCAUCACAGCUGAGUCUGGACAAGACGUCAUUCUGACAUGUCGAGCUCCAAACAACAACAUCAGACGUGUGUAUUGGAGUAGAGCUGACCUGAAGACAGAAUAUGUGCUUUUCUACCAAGAUCGUCACUUUGUCCUACAAAACCAGCAUCCAUCUUUUAAGUACCGGGUGGAUCUGCAGGACAGACAGAUGAAGGAUGGAGACGUGUCUUUGAUUCUGAAGGAUGUGAUGAUUAAUGACGCUGAAACAUACGAGUGUUAUGUCUACAUGGAAGAAACAGACUCAUGGAAGCUGAUCAGCAACAUCUACCUGAGGGUUUCUCCAGACCGGAAAUUCCUUAAAGCUGAGUCUGGACAGGACGUCAUUCUGACAUGUCGCGCUCCAAAUAACAACAUCAGAGGUGUACAUUGGAGCAGAGCUGACCUGAAGACAGAAUAUGUGCUUUUCUACCAAGAUCGUCACUUUGACCUAGAAAAUCAGCAUCCGUCUUUUAAGAACCGGGUGGAUCUGCAGGACAGACAGAUGAAGGGUGGAGACGUGUCUUUGAUUCUGACGGAUGUGACGAUUAAUGACACUGAAACAUACGAGUGUCAUGGCUUCAUGGCAGAAACACACUCAUGGGAACUCAUCAGCAUCAUCUACUUGAGUGUUGUUGUUCCUCCAGAUCAGAAAAUCAUCACAGCUGAGUCUGGACAGGACGUCACUCUGACAUGUCACACUCCAAAUAACAACAUCAGAGGUGUACAUUGGAGCAGAGCUGACCUGGAGCCAGCAAAUGUGCUUUUCUACCGAGAUGGUCACUUUGUUCCAGGUGACCAGCAUCCAUCUUUUAAGAACCGGGUGGAUCUGCAGGACAGACAGAUGAAGGGUGGAGACGUGUCUUUGAUUCUGAAGGAUGUGAUGGUUAAUGACACUGAAACAUACGAGUGUCGUGUUUUCACAGAAGAAACACAGUCAUGGAAGCUCAUCAGUAUCAUAUACCUGAGUGUUGUUGAUCCUCCAGGUCAGACAGGAGGAGAAAAAACUGAACUGUGAGUCAGAUGAUGUGAGAACAUAAAUGAAUUCUCCUCAACAACAAGCAGACGUCUCUGGUGAUCAUCAUGUUCAGACUCAGACCAAAAGUGUGUGUCUGUGCUGUCUGUCAGUGACUCUGAACUACAGUUUAUUCAUCUUCAGGCUGUUCAUGAGAUUUACAGACAAAAGGUCAAACUGUGUUACAAACAUAGAUGAAUUUAUGAGCUCUAAUCUCAGAAUCAGUGAGUGUUUUUGUGUUUUAGCUUUAGGUUAGGCAAAUUAACUCUUUUACGUUGUUGUGAUUUUUUUAAUUAACUUGACGAUUUUUUAUUAACUUCAUGUGACUUUUUCCUCUUUAAGUAGAGCUCACUGGAAAACAGUUUGUAUAAAAAUCUUCUCUUUGGCUGACAUUUUUUUAUUUUGUAAAUCCAUCUGGUCAGAUUUAACAGACUGUACAAUCUGUUAUAGACUCAGAUAUUUCUUUCUCUCUGAUCCUGAACUGAAGAGUUUGACACCCUCUUCAACUUUUCUUUAACCCGACACACUGUUCAGGUCAGAUUUGACCUGCUUUGACCUUUGACACCAGCAAAAACAUCCUAAACUACUUUUGUUGUUCUUUCCUAAACUAAUCCAUAAUACUCAAAAAUUGAAAACAUAUUUUUUCACAUUUUAUACUGUUCUACAGAUAAUACAAACUUUUGUACACUGAUGCUGUUUUGGAACAAAUUUGAGUCUUAUCUGUUCAGAUGGAGUUUCACAUUGAACAGUUUGGCUCAAAAUAAGAAACAUUGUGAUUGUAGGGAAAUUUACCAAUGUACACGUCAUGUUUGUGUGGACUUUUAUUAAGAUAGUGGUUUCAGACGUCAAAGGGCACCUUGAUUUAGCCAUGGCUGUCCUGUCACACAGAACAGGGCUUAAGGGCUUUUUUUUUUUUUAAUUCAAAGACUGUUAUAAUGACGGAAAUCUUUCCGAAUGAAUGAAAUAUGAGCAGAAUGUAAGGGUUAAUAAAGAUUUACAUGCAUA